CUCUGAAGAAAGCGCGGGAAACUAAAUUGUCGCGCGCGACAAAAUCGACCAGAAAAAAAAAAAGCUCUUGAGUUUGUGCCCGGAAGUUUCAUGUUUCUUUUUAGCGAAAAAAGUAUCGUUUAAACUUUUUAGCCUCACAGCUCUAUGAGAACCGAGACACAUGAGCUGUAAAUUAUCCUCGAAGAUAAAGUAAUAUGUCCACUUUUAAUUGAAGACCAAGCAAAGAUAUCACUAUUAAAUGGAAGGGGAAUCAGAAGAAAAUGGCCUCCAAAACAAAGAGAUUGACAGUGCAAGUGAAUCUACUAACCUCAACUCAGAAGUAACUUCUGAAAAUAAUGAUACUAAGAAGGAAGAAAAUGUUUCUCUUGCAGAUACAAUUACCCCAUGUGAGCCAGAAGAAAAGGCUAGAGAAAAUAAUCAACCACCAGAAAUCCCUCUGAAAAUGCCUCACUUAUCUGAUGUUUCCAAGACUAAACUGCUGUCCAGUGAGGAACUGCAGAGAGGUGUCCAGGAGCUCAUUGAUAGUGUCAACACAAAACGAAGCAGAGACACAAAUAUUUUGACAGAUUUCAAGAAAGCACUUGAGAUGCAAUUAAGCAAGUCGUGUACUGCUCUGGAAGAAGCCCUUGUCCAGUCAUACGAGCAAAACAAUCAAACAAUUCAGUCGAAGUUACAGGAGUUCUUUGCCGUCAUUGAGAGGAUUGGUCAAUUGGAAACAGAAUUAGCUGAGUUUAAAGCGACAUUGGGUGCGCUUUACACGGACAUAAACAAUGUUUGAUGGACCAUUAGAGACAGCUGAGUUCCGAAUACGUUUUAUAUAAUUCUUUAAUAUUUUCAUGUUGUACAAUGGCUGACGUUAGAGAUUUGGUAAAUACAAAAAGGGGUCGUCUAAACAAGUUAUGAUAUUUGCAUUGAGCCGGAAAACAAAAUUAGUUUUCAUAUUCCAAUGUCCUGUAAAGUGAUCCUCUUUUGGGGGCAUGGUUCCUUAAACAUUUUGCAGAUACCUUCUAUAAUUGCUGAAGAGAGAUCUGGUUUUAUCGUCAGCAGUUGUCUACCACAUGUCCAUGAGUAUUGAGAAAUUAGCGUAGUCAUUAUUACCUGCUGACAACUACUUUUAGCGUAGAUGGGUGAAUUCCGUGCACCUGCAACGCGUUACUUUACACAUUAGUGCAAGACGGAAAAGAUCGAACUGGAUAAUCUGCUGAAAGCGUUCACGUGUGGCUUGCCCUCUGUGUGUGUUAAAGCAGCAUUAAAUUGUGUUAAGUACA